AUGCAGCUCAUGCACAAGAAAUUAAAGGUGAGGAAAGUACUAACUUUCACAUUAGGAUGUUACCCUUAUAUAUUAUAGUGCAAUUUGCACAUCGUUCUGGACCAAAUAGUGAACAUUGCACUUUUGCGGAAAAUCAGACUUGGGACUAUUUGCCCUAUAAAGUAGGGCAUUUUGGAGCUUAUUGGUUUAAUGAAUACACUUUAGGACAGCUGGUUUGGAGUUUUACAUGUUGUUGGUGAAAACGAAUGGGCAGAUGGUGAAUGCACAAAUGGUCCACUUGUUUCCACUGAAGAAAACAAGACCUUGAUGGAUAAGGGUUCCAAGGCAAUGAAGGCUUUGCGGAAAGUGGUGAUGGAUCCUCGCUUUCUUAAUGCUUUGCACCAUUAUGUAACAUUCAG